CCGUGGCCUUGGUUCGUCUCCACGCCCCCCAUAUUUCCCAUUCCUUUCCCUGCCCUGCUCCCACCCACAUCUCCACCUCCACCCUCCUCCUCCUCCCUCUCCAUCCACUCCACCGGCGCAUCGGGGGUGUCUCCGUCUCCGUCCGGCCGUCGUGGUUUUCUUUCUUCCCGGGCUAGGACGCACGCACGCGCGACAUGGCCGCCGCAGCUGCCGCCGACGACGCGGUCGCCGCCGACAUCAUCUGCUCGCUGCGCGGGGCCGACCUGGCCGGGUGGACGCCGCCGUGGAGCAAGCGCGCGAGGCCGAUGGAGGGUGAGCUGUCCUGGCCGGCCGUGGCGCGCGGGAAGCGCUCGCGCCGCCGCUCUCCGGCGUCGUCGUCGGCGACGGCGGCGGGGAAGGCGAGGUGCGCCCGGUCCAGCCCGGCGUCGCCGCUUGACUACAGCGCCGGCUCCGCCUCCCUCCGUUCCGGCGCGUCCACCAGCGGCGGCGAGGACGGCGCCUUCUGCUCGCCGUGGCACCGCCGCGCGGCCACCGCGCCGGCGACUACGACGAAGGCGACGAAGGUGGGCUCCAUCCGACGGCCGCAGUUGACCUUCCAGGCCCCGCCUCCACGGCCGGCCGGUCAGAGGCAACGGAAGAAACUGAGGCUGCCGGAGGUCCAGCAGCUGGUGCGGUCGCUCGCCGUGGAGAACGAGAGCCUACACGAGGAGAUGCGGGAACUGCAGAGGGCUUGCUCCGCGCUGUCGAAAGAAAAUGACAAGCUUGAGAUAAGAAUAGAGCAAUCCAACUCACGGAAUGAAGCCACAUUGAAGGAGCAGAAGGGAAAGCAGCAGCUUGAUCAGCAGCAGCAGCAGUCCCCACAUGACAGCUUCGCGCUACCAGAUCUCAACCUUCCUGCGCAGGACGGUGCUGAUGGGUCAGUCCCUUGUUGAGCGCUCCAGACCACCACCGCGGCUUCGCUAACCGAAUAACAAAGUGUACAUAGAUGUAGCAGGCUUAGCUAGACGUGGAGGGGGCACGGGACGGGAGUGCCAUCUAAAGAAAAGAAUGGCACGGAUUUCAUAAGUUUUUAGAAUUUUUACAGGGUCAGGUGUCACUAUCCUGAGUGACAAGGUCAGGUUGUAGCUAAACAAAAUGACUAAUUUAGCUCAUCUGCUAACUGUUUCUUACCUACCUACUAGUGCUUCUAUGAGGGGUGGCACAGAUCAAACCGAUUCACACUGUGUAGCCGAUUUAGAUGCGUUUAUUCAUGUUGCUUUGUUACAGGUGAUGAUGGAAAUGUUGUCUGUGCAGAUUUGGUUACUGUAUGAAGUAAAUGAUCGCUUGUUCUAUC